GCGCGUGAGCGCCGCCGCCCCGGCGAAUCAGCGGGGGCUUCGCGGAGUCUACUGGGUGUUGUAGUUCGCGGCUGCGCCGGCGUCGCGCUCAACCAAUCAGGAGCUGGGAGUGACACGUCACGCGGCGCGGGGCGCUGCUGGGAGUUGUAGUCGCGUAGGCCGCGCGCGGCCCUCUCUCCCGGUUUUUCCCGUUUUUCCCGUUUUUUUCCCCCCGUUUCUCUCCCCGCCGCUCCCGGCGCGCUCAGGCUGUGACGGCCCGGGAUGGCCCGCACCAAGCAGACGGCUCGGAAAUCCACCGGCGGCAAAGCGCCGCGCAAGCAGCUCGCCACCAAGGCGGCCCGGAAGAGCGCGCCGUCCACGGGGGGCGUCAAGAAACCGCAUCGCUACCGCCCCGGGACGGUGGCGCUGCGCGAGAUCCGGCGCUACCAGAAAUCCACGGAGCUGCUGAUCCGGAAGCUUCCGUUCCAGCGGCUGGUGCGGGAGAUCGCGCAGGACUUCAAAACCGACCUGCGCUUCCAGAGCGCCGCCAUCGGGGCGCUGCAGGAGGCCAGCGAGGCGUACCUGGUGGGGCUCUUCGAGGACACCAACCUGUGCGCCAUCCACGCCAAGCGCGUCACCAUCAUGCCCAAGGACAUCCAGCUGGCGCGGCGGAUCCGCGGCGAACGCGCCUGAGCCCAGGGCCAAUUCCGGCGGAUUCGGGCAAAUUCCGGAAUUCGGGGAGUUCUGGGAAUCCCGGGAUUCCGGAACGCCGAGAGUUCUGGGGCGGAUUCCUCCCUUUUUUGUACAACUGGGGGUUCCACGUUUUUCUACGCGAGGGUUUUGGGGGAAAUGGGAGGUUUUUGGGG